CCUAGACACAGUUGACCGUUGGCGCCGCCUUGACAGGUUUGUGAUCAUACGAAGAUCCACAGUUGCCUUGAUGGGAAAAGCGUACUGUACUCGAUGCGCGAAGAGGUUCCCCUCACAGCAGGCAUUACAACAGCACUAUGAUGAUUCCCCUCGCCAUUAUCGAUGCGACAUCUGUGGAUUUGAUGGAUCUACAUGGGAGAAGUUUCUGCAACAUAACCGAAAGACUAAGCAUCGAGUUGUAUGCCAGGGCUGCGAUGAUGGAGAGGGAAUAGCUUGGAUUGCUGGUUCACAGGAGUAUCUCGUACAUCUGAAGGAACAAAAUGUUUGCCAGGCUUGUGAAGAGCAUUUUGAUAGCUCUAGUAAUCUUCACCAUCAUCAAAUGGUACAUUUACCACGGUCGAUUGAAUGCUACGGCUGCUAUCGGAAAUUCUCCACCCUACCAGCGAUGAUAAUACAUUUGGAAUCUGGAGCAUGCCCCUCCGGAAUCGAUAUAGUUGACUUGAACGAGUCGGCUGCGAUGUGUUUCCAGUGGAAGGCAUAUCUCCAUGAGGACUAUCAAAAUGAACUACUCAACCGUGUCGAUUUACUCUCUAAGUAUGGUAACUCGGUUUAUCCAUUCAAAUGUCCGGAAUGCGAUACACGCGUUACGAAGCUAUCGGGUCUCCUCCAACACGUGUAUAGCGACGCGUGCAAUCAGAGUUUGUACGAAGGCAAGAUAGCCAAGUUGACGAAGUGGCUGGAGAAGCGGUAUAGCGUUGACGAGGAAUGAGGAUGUAGCGGUAUCCAUUGACCACCGAGUUUAUUGCGUUUGAGUUGGAUUGCUGAGAAAAACAUCCUGUCAUCGCACAUCUCAGAAAUCUGCACAUCACAUAUUUAGCAUAACAGAAAUGAAAUCAAAGUGAAUUACCU